CAUUGAAAUCUUUUAAAAAAGCGAGGUUCGGAAGGGUUGAACAUGGGAGAAAUUUAAAUCAGGUUCGGACUGUUGCUUCGGAAAGCCGUUUGUGCUACUCAUUUCUACUUUGGCUUCUUGCUGUCUCUGUCGCUCUUCCCCUUUUCCUUUCACAUUCUUUCUUUCUUUCUUCCUUCCUUCCUUCCUUUAAGCUCUUUUGAGCGGUUCCUCUCUUGAUUUAUGUGUCAUUUUGCGUCUCAAUUUUUCUUUCAAACUCAGCAAUCACAUUGAAUUAUUUACCCACAUUUGUCUUUCUUAAACUCUCGGGAAGUAUAUAUCCCUUGCUUUCUCCCUGAAGCCCUCUUCUUCACUCAUCUGUAAUUUUCAUUUCACUUCAUUGCUGCUGGGUGUCCCUAGUUUUGCGAAAUUCCUCGCUAAUUUUCAUCUGGGGUUCAAUUUUUCUUCAUAAUUAUCACUAUUUUGGAUUUAAAAUUUUGGGUUGGAAGUGGAUUAGAUAGACAGCAAUGAAAGGUGAGAGAGUGGCGAAGAGAUUGUCUUUGGGAAGCAUGAUGAGGAAGAAACUUUCCGACAUUACGAACUUGCAGUCGCAACCCAAACUCCGGAGCCAAGACGAUGUGCAGGCGGAGGGGACUUAUACGCCAGAUAAGGGCUAUAUUGACCAACUGCUCAAGGAAAGAAUGACUUUUCUCAAACUUAUCGCGGAGAGGAAUAAAGUCAUUGAAGUAAGUGGAGCUGAGUUGCAGCAACUGCGAGCCAGGCUUCAGAAAUUGCAGCUGCAGAAUUGGAAUCUUGCUCAAUCAAACAGCCAUAUGUUAACGGAACUUAAUUUAGGAAGAGAGAAGCUAAAAGCACUUCAGCAUGAGCUAGUAUGCAAGGAUGCCUUACUUAAAGCAAAGAAUAUGGAACAGAGAAAAAUGGAACUAAACUGUAAAAAGACUGUCACUCAGGUAGGAGAAGAGGGAGCAGAGCAGUCAUUGCUUGAAGCUAAUGAUGAUAACAAAACUCGUAAUCUCAACAGAAGGCGCACCACAAGAAGUAGAUCUAUGGGCCCUUCUACUACAUACCAAAAAGUUGUAGAAAAAGAGAAGGUUGACAAUAAAAGGCGUUGUUUGAGGAGGCAAUCCGCUAGAUUUAAAUCCCAUGAGAAGGAGCCGGCCGAGAUGUUAUUCGAGAUAGAAGAUGCAAAAUAUUCAGUCAGUCAGUCGCUCGACAAUCCUAUACAUGAAGAUGGUGUUCCAUUGAAUUCAUCUAUUAGAAAGGGAGAGGAUGGGGAAAUUUGUAUGCAAAGAAAUGAAGGACAAAGGUCUUCAAUUGGAAGACCAUUGCGUAAAGCUGUUGGGAAAGUUCAAUCCUACAAGGAAGCUCCUAUUAAAAUUAAAAUGCGAAGGGCAGGGUGAUCAAAAUCUGUUCUACUCUCGUCCCCACUCCAUUCCAGUGAGUUGAACAAGAGUUUGUAGAACUAGCAUCAUCAUCAUAUGUUUCCACAUCUUUCUUUGUCCGUGUAAGUUGUAAUAUGGUUGUGUUUUGGUAGUGUUAUUUCACAUUGUGGUUGUGAUUAUCUGUUAUGCUAUUUUUAUUGUAAAAUUUGUAUAUCCAAACGAGAAA